AGCCAACUUGGAGGCUAAAAUUUUAAGAACAAGUCGAAGCCCUCGGUGGUGGGAUCGAAUAUUGGUCAACGCCAAUCCAUCAAAACCUCAAGAGAACAUUGACCACGAACAGCAGCUGAAAGAAACCCAGAAUCCAUUCAGUUCCGACAAAGAUCUUCGUGGUGUGAUUCCACGCAGGAGGUUCAUGGACUGGAAAUGGCCCGUUGUAUUCAUGGCGGCUGCGUUCCUGGUCUCGCUGUCAGCACCAAGCCAUGACUGCAAUUUCCCGGCAAUCUACAACUUUGGGGACUCAAAUUCGGACACUGGCUCUGCCUCAGCGCUCUUCUUCCGUCUUCCUCCCCCAAAUGGGAUGACGUACUUUGCCAAACCAGUUGGUCGUUACUGCGAUGGACGUUUGAUUAUUGAUUUUAUCGCCGAGAAGUUGAAGCUACCGUUCUUGAGCCCUUACAUGGACUCAAUAGAAGGAGACUUCAGACAUGGUGCCAACUUCGCCGUAGGUGGAUCAACAGCCCAACCUGCAAAUCUGACGAUAUUCAAAGCUGGUUUCGGCAUAUUCUCCCUCGACAUUCAGAUUUUACAGUUUCAACAGCUUAAAGAUCGUACCAACGAAAUCUAUAACCGAGAAGAAGGCUCGCUGAACAAAGGGCGUAUACCGAGGCCAGAAGACUUCUCCAAGGCGUUAUACACGUUAGAUAUCGGGCAAAACGACCUUCAUUUCGCACUUACCACAAUGUCUGAGAAGGAAGUUAAAGAAUCAAUCCCUGAUAUCGUCCAUCGUUACACUCUAGCCAUAGAGAAACUCUACCUAGAAGGAGCAAGAACAUUCUGGAUACAUAAUACUGGUCCUAUAGGCUGUCUUCCAACCUUUGUUCUUCAACAUCCACAACUCGAAGAAAUUGACGAGAUCGGAUGCAUACGUUCAUAUAACGAGGUGGCUCAAGAAUUCAACACACAGCUACGAGAGAAGGUGAAUUUUCUAAGGUCACGGCUUAAGGAAGCUACACUUAUUCUCAUCGAUAUCUAUUCAGCAAAAUACUCACUCAUCAGUAACGCUGAGAAGAAUGGUUUCGUAGAUAGGUUCGGUUACUGUUGUGGAAACUUGAGGGUAGAGCCUAAAGUGUACUGUUGGAGUAAGAAGGUUGUGAACGGUACUGAAGUAUUUCCGAGCCAUUGUUCUGACCCUUUGAAGUACAUAAGCUGGGACGGGACACAUUACACUGAGGCUGCAAACCGAUGGGUAGCAAACCGAGUUAUGGAUGGUUAACACUCAAAUCUGGUUGUUCCAUUAGCGAGAGCUUGCCAUUCACCCAAAGAUUGACACUUUUUAAGUGAAUUCAAGAACCCAUUGAUGUUAAUUUUUGGAGAUUUGGAUCAAGCUCAGUUAAUGCAUAAGAAAGAUACAUAUAGUUAAAAAAAAACAAGAAACUGUCAAUAUGCGGUUUUGGGAAGUUGCAAAUGAAGUUGUAAAGGUUGGAUGUUUUGUGAAGAAGUUACAGACGGUUUGGUAAUGGUUGCUCUAUAAAAGCAACAUUUAUGGUUGUCAAAAACUUAUUGCAUAUGGUUUCUUUUCUGUAA